CCUACUGCCUCCUGUUUAUAAACUUUAAUUACAAAAUAUCAGGAACAACUUACUAGAAGUCUUCUAUCUUUUUCCAAUAAUGCUGUCUUCAAUCUUCUCUUUCUAAAGGCCAAUCCAAUAUUUGUUACCUCUAUCUUUGUAUAUACUCUAUAUACAAAGCCUCUAUGUCAAAAAUCAGCUGUUUGUUUUUCUCGGCGGCCGGUUUUAAAGUUAUUGCUUUUAAGUUAUUGUAGUGUUGUAAUAAAAAAUAUUUGGUGCUCAUCUGUCUAAUCUAAGACGAUUUCGAAAUGUCUGGUAAUUUUUGGCAAAGUUCUCAUCAUCAACAGUGGCUUUUAGAUAAGCAAGACUUGAUAAGAGAAAGGCAACACGAUCUAUCUAUCCUACAAGAAGAAGAAUAUCAGAAAAUUUUUAUAUUUUUUUCUAGUGUAAUACAAACAUUGGGAGAGCAAUUGAAACUCAGACAACAAGUUAUAGCCACCGCCACUGUAUAUUUUAAGAGGUUUUAUGCAAGGAACUCGUUGAAAUGUAUUGAUCCGUUAUUAUUGGCACCAACUUGUAUUUUUCUAUCAUCAAAGGUUGAAGAAUUUGGAGUCAUAUCAAAUAAUAGACUUGUCACAACAUGUCAAACAGUCAUCAAAAAUAAAUUUGGGUAUGCAUAUACACAAGAAUUUCCUUAUCGGACCAACCACAUUUUGGAGUGCGAGUUCUACCUUUUAGAAAAUUUAGACUGUUGUCUCAUUGUGUAUCAACCCUAUAGACCUCUUUUACAGCUGGUUCAAGAUAUUGGUCAUGAGGAACAACUCCUUACUUUGGCAUGGAGAAUUGUUAAUGAUUCGUUAAGAACUGAUGUUUCUUUACUAUAUCCUCCAUAUCAAAUAGCAAUAGGUUGUCUGCAAAUAGCCUGUGUUAUUCUUCAAAAGGACCACAAAGCUUGGUUUGCGGAACUUAACGUAGAUAUAGAAAAGAUUCAGGAAAUAGCAAGGUAUAUUAUAAAUUUGUUCGAAUUGUGGAAAACAUAUGAUGAGAAGAAGGAAAUACAAGGGUUACUGAGCAAAAUGCCCAAACCCAAACCUGCUCCUCAAAGAUAGUGUGAUGGAUGAUUAAACAAGUAUUACAAAUAUACGCUUAAUGUUUUUUAAAAAAUAUAUGAACUGAUGAACUUUCAGCAAUAAUCAUAAUUACUUUUCUUCUCCAACUGUACUGAGUAGUUAAAAAGAAUUUUUGAUAGAAAGUUCUCAUUCAUACAAUACAUUCAAAUCCAUUGGAUUAACAUGCACUCACUUUUUACCUAGAAAAAUGAAAUAAAUGUAUUUCUUAUUUUCUUUGAAAAUUAAAUUGUGAAAUUUCAUUAUC